AUGAUGGGGAUACGGGCACUUCUGAUUGCUGUGCUGGUGGCUCUUCUGAUUUUGGUCUUCCUGAGACAACUCUGGUCACGCAGACACUACCCUCCCGGGCCUCUUUCCCUUCCAGUCAUUGGAGGCCUGUGGCGAGUUGGAAUGAGACUUCAUGAAGAUACUCUCAUUAAGAUAGCAAAGCAAUAUGGAAAUAUUUACACUGUGUGGCUAGGACAUCAACCUGCGAUAGUUUUUUCUGGAUUCCAAGCAGUGAAAGAAGUGCUGAUCAACCAUGAAGAUGCAUUCUCUGAGCGAACGUUGACUCCUUUCCUAAAAGUUGUAGGAAGAGAAAGGGGUAUUGCAUUUUCAAGUGGGCACACCUGGAAGCAGCAGCGAAAGUUUAGUGUAGUGACUCUGCGGAAGCUGGGAAAGAAAAGCAUGGAGCACCAAGUACAAGAGGAGGCCCAGCAGCUUGUGGAGAUUUUUGCACGCGCAAAGGGGCAGCCACUUGACCCUUCCUUGGCCAUCACCAAUGCAGUCUCCAAUGUGAUUUGUGCUGUGACAUUUGGACACCGGUUUUCUCUUGAAGAUGAAAAAUUCCAGAAACUGAUUGAAGUCCUUCAUGUUGCCUUAGCAUUUCCAGGCAGCAUCUUUCAUAUUUUGUAUGAAACGUUCCCAUGGAUCAUGAACCAUCUUCCAGGACCUCACAAAAAGGCCCUCUCCGCCCUUGAGAUACUGCUUUCACAUGCAAGGGAGGAGAUAGAGAAGCAUAAGGAGCAACAGUCCUUUCAUGAGCCACAGGAUUACAUAGAUUUCUAUCUACUUCAGAUGGAGAAAGACAGAAGCAGAAAUGAUCCCAACUCUACCUAUGAUGAAGAGAACCUGGCUCACUCCAUUCACGACUUCUUUAUUGGGGGAACAGAGACAACCAUCACUUCUCUGAGAUGGGCUUUAUUUCUCCUGGCAAACCAUCCAGAUAUCCAAGACAAAGUCUACAAGGAGAUAGAAGAUGUUUUUGGUUCAUCUCAUUCCAUCUGCUACCAAGAUAUAAAGAAACUGCCCUACACUAAUGCUGUGAUUCAUGAGGUGCAGCGUUCAAAAUAUGUCAUAUUAUUUGGGGGAUCAAGACAAUGUACAAAGGAUGUGAAAGUGAACGGUUAUCUCAUUCCUAAGGGGGCAUAUAUUAUUCCAGAUCUGCGCUCUGUUCUUCUUGAUCCUGAGCGGUGGGAGUCUCCUGAAAAGUUCAACCCUAACCAUUUUUUGGACAAGGAUGGAAAUUUUGCAGCUAGAGAAGAAUUCCUACCAUUCGGUGCAGGGGAUCGGGUGUGUCCUGGGCAGCAGCUAGUGAGGAUUGAACUCUUUAUCUUCUUGACCAGCCUGCUGAGGAUGUUCAGGUUUCAGCUGAAAGGAGGCGUGAAGACACCCAAUCCGUGUGUUCUGAAAGGGAUCACAUUAUUUCCCCAUCCUUAUAAAAUCUGUGCUGUUCCUCGCUGUAGCUCAUCAUAAACAUAUAUAUGUAUUUAGAAUAGCUUACUA